GUGUAACAGGUGUUUUGUCCAUGGCCACGAGUGACGACACGACACACAAAAAGGGAGUGUGUGUAGCAGGAGGACAUGCUGUGAGGUGAAUUACAGAUGUGGCUUUUGCAAUGCCCGAGUAAAUUCUUCAGACAUUUUUUUUGCAGAAUUAGUGCUGUGCAAUUUGGAGACUGGAUUGCUCAGAAUGCUGCAGGCUACAGAGAUCAAGGUUGUUGCCAUUUUUACUCUUCUGGGUUCUGCCUUACUAUUUGGACUAGUGCCGGUAUGCUUGUUCUCCAAAUCGUCGAUGAUGGACCCCAAGCACAAGGCACGACUCGGGCGCGUGGUGGGCUGGAUCAACGCUUUCGCAGGAGGCGUCUUCAUGGGAAUAGCGCUCAUCCAUCUCCUUCCGGAGGCCCGACAGCUCUUGAUGGAUGCUUUCCAGAUGCAAGGCACGAUGUACCACUUUAAUUGGGCCGAGCUGAUUGCGGCCUGUGGGUUCUUCCUUAUCGUCUUUGUGGAGCAGAUAAUUUAUCUUUGUCAAGAGAGACUCAGAAACGACGAAGCAUCAGAGGAGGUUGCCUUUUCCGACAAGGACACCAGUAAGACUUACACCGCUGAAACAUCGUCCAAACCUGACACAGACGUCAAGUCUCUCAUGCCGGACGCUGGCACUGACGACACUGGGGGUAAAACCGUGUUAUCGCCGGCUAACACCACCGAGGAAGGCCCGCUGAAUCUUCCCAUGCGGCUCACCUCACUCCGGGCAGUCAUUCUCCUCAUAUCCCUCUCCUUCCACUCUAUAUUCGAAGGCCUUGCCAUCGGGCUACAACUCACUCGCAAAGAUGUCAUUGAUAUCUUCAUUGCUAUCGCUCUACACAAGGGCAUAGAGGCAUUCACCGUCUCGAUCAGCUUUGCUCAGGCAUACUUGAGCCAGACCGCGAAGAUCGUUUAUUGCGUUGUCUUUUCCUUUAUGUCACCGCUGGGCGUAGCCAUUGGAAUACCCAUAGCCAUGUCUACCCGUGAACAGAAGGCAGCCGUGUCUGGGUCCAGCCUCAUGCUCAAUGCCGUCCUACAGGCCUUAGCAACCGGUACAUUCAUGUUCGUCACAUUCAUCGAAAUUUUACCCAGUGAGCUCAACUCUAAGAAGGACGGCUUACUUAAGGUUGCUUUCAUUAUCUUUGGUUUCGCAGCGAUCUCGGCACUCAAUGCGUUAGAGCAUGACAUGUAGACAUGCAUAUUCUACGGUGAAAUUAACUGUACGCACUUCCAUGCAGGAACAUUCCUGAUUUUAACCAUUCUGACCACGUCAUGCCAUUUAAAAAUUGAAUAUGAAACAUAUAUCAUAAAUGUUCAUUUUCGCUUCAAAUGCAAGAGUUGCGAAGCAUUUCACUUAAGUAAAUAAUCAUUCCGUGUAAAAAAAAACAAACUCAAAGAACAGUUAUCAAAGAAACAGAAUUUUUAACGAACUUAUUCAAGAAACAAGGUAUUUCUGGUGUUGAAUUUAAUUCAUUCCCUUUUUCUUGCUUUUAUCCCCUAGUGAACAAUGGUUCGACACACAUUACUUGGUAGUGGAGAGAGACAGUAAUUCAGCUAAGCUUGUACAGCUUAUACUACAUACUUAAUUUAGUUUUAACAAUUUUUCGAAAAAAAUCGUUGUAAUGACUUGCAUACAAAAGCCAACUAUUUCACAUACGCAUUUCACAUUCCAAGCUCUUCUGCUAUUAACAUAAAACCAAUUAAAAUCGCGCAGUCAUUAUAAACAAAGCAGUGAACCAAAUGAGUUUGUUUCUGACUAGUAAUACAUGUAAUAUGCUGGUAGCAGAACUGAACAAGACCAAAGACUGUACAGGUCAGCUGUUUUUAGUCCUUUUGCAUGUAUUGUAACAUAUUGUAAAAUUGAUCAAGUUUUUUUAACACAGCAACACGACGCCCAUUUAACUGAUCAAGGGCACAAUUAUUGCAUACAAAAGCUUCCUCUGGAACCAGGAAAUUCUGUGUAGUACAAAAGUUUUAUUUUCCAAGUACAUGUAUAGAGGCCACUUUCAAGGAGCAUCAUGGGCUGAAAAAGAGCAAAACGACUAGAACACAGACAAUGGUUUCACAUGCCCACUGGAUAUAUGACAAAUACUCAUUCUAAAUAUUACGAGUAAUAAAUCUAUUUAUUAUUACGAGUAAUGUAUUUAGUAUCAACCACAGUAUACUGUCAUUCAAAGUCUGGGGUGCCAAGGUGUAUCAAAAUAUCAAGGCUUAUUGUAUGCUGCAUUAACUUGGAAUUUCUGCAGUGUUGCAGAGUGUAUCUGUGACUUUACAAUGUGCAUAGAAUUCGCCAAUUGCUUUUUUAACUUUACACCUUCUCCUGUUGAAAAAAAUCACAUCUUUCAGGACAAGGAAGGAAUCAAUCCGACUUGUACUACAAAAUGAAAUUCUGAAAUCUUGCGAAAAACCAUAUACAUGUAACACUUUUCGUUUCCUCUUCAUCUAAAACUUCGCUACAAAACAAAUCACUGAUGAAAGACAGUUUGAUGAGGUGUCUCCUAUUCCUAUGCAUUGAUUGUAUUGAGUACCAUGAGGUCCAUACCAAUCCAUUACCAAGGUUGUCUGCCAAAAAUUCAAUAAUAUUGAUUACCAUUGAUGCACCCGUUUAAAACCCGUACAAAUAUAUCACCUUUGACCUAAUCAAUAAAAAGCAAUCCAUUUUUAAUAAAAUAAAAAGAGGUCAAUUUGCAUCCAGCCUUCAACUUGGGCUGCAUGAUUCUAUCAACUCUGCAUGAAACCAAAAACAUACCGAGACUAAAACUGAAUAGGCAUGAAAUCAAGACUAAGGCAAAGGACUGGAUGUACUAAGCUGAUUAGGCACUGAACGAAAAAACAAACAACAAACAAGCGGACAGACCUAUAUCACAGGAAUCUCAGCAAAAGUAUACAAUACACGGUGACUAGGCAUUUUUCCUACUGGCGUAGUUAUAAGUAAUUGGUAGAAACGUGUUUGUGGAAGUAUACCGUCACGCACUUCAAAGGCAUUACUUCAAACGCUUGCCUCCAAUGCCAAGGUACAGAAGUAUUUCAUAACACAAUAAUGUGCAAGGAAAAGAAGGUUUCUCGGAAACUAACAAUUCGCAGGGUUUUUGACGAACGUGUCAUUU